AUGACCGACGCCUACGCUAAAGUUACUGGAAAGGUCGACUACGCCAAUGCGCCUGACCCAAAGUCUCUCAUCCAGAAGGAGAGAGAGUCUGCCAAGUUCGACGUGGACCAGAUGAACUACUUCUUGGAGGGUUCCAAGGAGAGAGCCUUGGAGGUGAGAAAGUUCAUCCACCAGAUGGAGACUGACCCCAUCUUGGCCGCUUCUCCCCACGACUACGACGCCACCAAGGCCGAGCACCGUGAGAACACCUUGAAGAAGAUCAACCGUCUCACUCGUUACAUCGAGGUGGAGACCUUUGACUCCUUCGAGAGACGUAUGUCCAUCAUCUCUCUUAUGGACCCUCAGUUCCACACAAGAAUUGGUGUUCACUUUGGUUUGUUUGUCGGCUGUGUCAGAGGUAACGGUACCCCCGACCAGUUGGGCUACUGGAUUUUGAAAAAGGAGUCCGCCUACGUUAAGAACCUUUACGGUUGUUUCGGUAUGACCGAGUUGGCCCACGGCUCCAACGUUGCCGGCUUGGAGACCACUGCCACCUUCGAUGAGGAGAACGACCAGUUCAUCAUCAACACUCCUCACCUUGGUGCCACCAAGUGGUGGAUUGGUGGUGCUGCUCACUCCGCUACCCACUGUUCCGUCUACGCCAGAUUGAUCGUCAAGGGCAAGGACUACGGUGUCAAGACUUUCGUUGUGCCAUUGAGAGACUCUGAGCACAACUUGAUGCCUGGUGUGGCCAUUGGUGACAUUGGUGCCAAGAUGGGUAGAGAUGGUAUCGACAACGGUUGGAUCCAGUUCUCCCACGUGAGAAUUCCAAGAUACUUCAUGUUGCAGAAGUACUGUAAGGUUUCAGAGGACGGUGAGGUCACCGAGCCCCCUCUCAACCAGUUGUCCUACGGUGCUUUGUUGACCGGCAGAGUCGUCAUGGUCAAGGAUGCUUUCAGAUGGUCUUCCAGAUUUGUCACCAUUGCUCUCAGAUAUGCUGUGGGCAGAAAGCAGUUCAAGGCAGCCUUGGCUAAGGAGUCUGAUGGUGAGAGCCAGUUGUUGGACUACCCAUUGCACCAGCGUCGUUUGAUCCCAUUGUUGGCAAUGGCUUACGCUUUCUCUAAUGGUGCCAACGUGUUGCAGGAGCAGGCUGACCGUUCCAAUGACCAGUUGGACGAGGCUGUACAAAACGAGGACAAGGCCCAAUUGGAUGCCGGUGUCGAGGCCAUGAAGUCUCUCUUCAUUGCUUCUGGUUCUUUGAAGUCCACCGCCACUUGGUUGACCUUGAGCACCAUUGACCAGUGCAGGCAGGCUUGCGGUGGUCACGGUUACUCUUCUUACGCUGGUUUCGGUAAGGGUUUCAACGACUUCGCUGUUCAAUGUACUUGGGAAGGUGACAACAACAUCUUGGGUAUGUCUGUUGGUAAGCAGUUAAUUAAGAAGUAUGCUUCGAUUACUAAGGAUGGCGAGAAGGCUUCUGGUAUUCUUGAGUUCUUGAACAACUACAAGAAGGUCCUUGGUAAGGAGCCAGUCUUGCAGGCUGCCGACUUGAAGAGCCCAAGAAAGAUCUUGCAGGCUAUUGAGGUCACCCUUAUCAGAGCCUCUGCUAGAGCCAGCGACAUUGUUGACCAGAAGGGUGGUGACACUGACUUCAUUGGUGCAGACCUUGUUGUCUUGUCUAAGUUGUUGGCACACUACUUCCUCUACAGAGCCUUCCUCGACAAGAUCGACUCUAUCAAGGACCAGAAGGAGUUGUUCGAUGUUUUGGAUCUCUUGGCCCAGUUGUACGGUGCUUCUAUCGUCUUGGAGGGCUUCUCUGGUACCUUCUUGACCUAUUCUGUUGCAUCCACCGAGGCCAUUGCUCACAACUCUACCGACCACAUUGCCGAAUUGUGUGCUAAGAUCAGACCUCACGUCAUUCCAUUGACAGACUCCUUCAUGUUGUCCGACAUGUUGAUCAACUCUGCCAUUGGUAAUUAUGAUGGUGAUAUCUACAAGAACUACUUCAAGAUUGUGAACACCAACAACCCACCACAGAUUACCAAGCCUCCAUACGCCCCAGCCUUGCAGGGUAUGUUGAACAGAGCUUCCUUGGAGGAGAGACAGAGAUUCGAGUAUGACGACGAAACUCUUGAUAUCUUGGCUGGUAACGCGUAA